AACAACAAAAAACAGGUAGCUCUGACGGGUUUACUCUAACCUCCCCUGAGUUCCACCGACAGAAACGCUUCGCUCCGUUUCAGAAGAAAACUCCUCCCACACUGAGUCCAGGAUAGCCCCGGCUGACUGUUAACGAGCGCACCCAGUGUUGUAACUGUGGAUGUAAACAUGGCCGUCCUCGGACCUUUAUCAAGAAUAUCCCGGCUUGGCUGCAACCUCUGUCGGAACCACCGUUUGGUGUUUUACAGAAACUCUCAGAAACGAGGAAUAUCUUCGUGUAUUGACCCUUCGUAUGGACUCACAGACGAGCAGAAAGAGUUUCAGAAAGUGGCCUUUGACUUCGCAGCCAAUGAAAUGACUCCACACAUGGCCGAGUGGGACCAGAAGGAAAUCUUCCCAGUGGAGACGAUGCGGAAAGCAGCCCAGUUAGGAUUCGGUGGGAUCUACGUUCGGCCAGAGGUCGGAGGGUCAGGCCUCUCUCGUCUGGACACGUCAAUCAUUUUCGAGGCUCUGUCCACGGGAUGUGUGAGCACCACAGCUUACAUUAGCAUCCACAACAUGUGUGCCUGGAUGAUUGACACCUUUGGGAAUGAUGAGCAGAGGAAGAGGUUUUGUCCUGACCUCUGCUCCAUGGAAAAGUUUGCAUCUUAUUGUCUGACUGAACCAGGUAGUGGCAGUGAUGCUGCUUCACUCCUCACGUCUGCUCAGCGGAAAGGGGACCAUUAUAUCUUAAAUGGCUCUAAGGCAUUUAUCAGUGGGGGAGGAGACACCCACGUGUAUGUUGUGAUGUGCAGAACAGGAAGUAAAGGACCUAAAGGAAUCUCAUGUUUGGUGGUUGAGAAGGGAACACCAGGCCUCAGUUUUGGCAAGAAGGAGAAGAAGGUGGGCUGGAACUCGCAGCCUACCAGAGCUGUGAUUUUUGAGGACUGCGCCGUCCCAGUGACCUGUCGGCUCGGCAAUGAAGGACAGGGAUUCAACAUCGCCAUGAAGGGCCUGAAUGGAGGCAGAAUUAAUAUUGCUUCUUGUUCUCUGGGGGCAGCACAUGCCUCUGUGCUGCUGGCGAGGGAUCACCUGCUGGUGCGCAAGCAAUUUGGAGAGACACUCGCCAAUAACCAAUUUCUGCAGUUCAAACUGGCAGAGAUGGCCACCAAGUUGGUUGCAUCUCGUCUUCUGGUGCGUGAGGCUGCCACAGCGUUACAGGAGAACCGAGCUGAUGCUGUUUCCCUCUGCUCCAUGGCCAAGCUUUUUGUAACAGACGAGUGCUUUAAUAUCUGCAACCAGGCUCUUCAGAUGCACGGUGGCUACGGCUACCUGAAGGAUUACGCAGUGCAGCAGUUUGUGCGAGACAUCAGAGUCCAUCAGAUUCUUGAGGGAACCAACGAGGUGAUGAGGAUGAUUAUUUCUCGAAAUCUCCUAACAGAGUCAUGAUGAAUCUUUUCCCCUGGAUGUUCGGUGGACCACGUAGUUGUGGUCUUGAUUGAUUGUUACUGUGUAGCUGUUCCUGAAUUGCUCUCUGCAUCAUACUUCUUCCAGUUUUGAUAGAAAUCAUCAGAAAGACUGUUGCAAACCAGGUAUUUCUGUAGUAAAGCAACAGAUCGUCUGUUGCUUUUGUAACUCUUAGGGUGGGAAUGAAGAUUAAUCCACCUGCUUCUACCACUAGUGCAAAGUGCAGCAUCUUAUCGAUACCUGGACAGAUUUUUAUGCAUAGAAUCUAAGGUCAUAGCUCAUUGAAACUACAAUGAUAGUUUUAGUUACUGUAUUUUGGCCACUGAGUUUAAAAUAUAAAUAACUCUUCCCCUGCUCACAGAUUCUGCAAAGUAAAACGCAGAUGUUUCUAAAAGGAUGAAACUAUGAUUGUUUAAGCAGCACCACCUUAAGGCCAUUUCUAAAACACUCCUUAAUAUAAGUUCUUGUAUUUUUGUCCUGUACCCAAAGGAUAAACUUACUAUAAUAUCGCCAAUGUAUACAAAGACCCUGUCUAUGACUCUUAGUAUGUUUUAAAAUUGUAUUGUAUCCAAAUACAAUUGCAGUAGGUAACCUGAUAGAUAUUUAACUCAGAAAAUGCCUCUGGUAGGGAGGUUAACAUUACCCUUAACCUUCCGUGUGUUAAGCAUGUUUAAAAUUCUCACUAAUUUGUUUCAGUCACUCCAGUUUAAACUAAUCUGCAGUUCAUGCUUUGUCAACUUUAACUGCAAUGGGUUUUACUUCAUGGGCUUCUGGUUUUGUCUGUCUGCGACAAACUGAUGGUCAGACAUUCUGCUUUAGGACCUUCUGGUAGAGAGGAGAAUUCAUGGUUUCAGACCAUCACACUACCACCACCAUGUUUGACCGUAGGUAUGAAGCUCUUUUCUGAAAUGUCUUCUGUCCCGUUAGUUCAUUGAAUGCUGUACUUUCCACAAAGUCUUGGGGUCAUGAAGAUGUUUUUAGAAAAUGCCUUUCUGAUCUUUUUGGUCUGCAAUGGUUGUCACUUGGAGCUCUCCCAUGGAUGCGGUUUUUGCUCAGAAUUUUAUUGUUAAAUCAUGAAAACCAACUUUAUGACUUGGAUGAGUCGAGUAACUGUGGUAGGUGGAGUGGUUUUGUUAGGCUGGUCACUCCUGGGAGGGUUCACCUUUCAGUUUGGAUGACAUUUUGCUUAUCACAUAAUAAUUUUCUGUCUGAUAUUAAAAUUAGUUCUAAAUGAAAUGCUUAAGUGUGAUAAAUAAGCCAAAACUGGAAAUCUAUAAGAAGGUGAAUAGUUUUUCACAGCACUAUAGAUUGCUAAAAAUCAUGGCCUAAUUUUUUUAUUUUUUACUGUAUUAAGCUGUCUAAUACUGAGAAGCAAGAUGGGCUGGCAAAACAUAAAACAAUAAACGGUCCAAGGUAGAUUGAAGUUCGGGGUAAUUAAGGUCUGGGGUAUAAAAGUUCAGGGUAGCAUUACUAAAAUGGUUUAUACAUUUUAGAAUGAGUUAUGUUCACUGUCUACUGAAACAAUAAAUAUUCACUGUCACAAAUUACUUUAAAAGAAUUAGACCCGUCUCUAAAAUGCUAGAGUAAGUUUUCAAUGAGUCAAGCCCAACAUUGGUGUCGAUUAUAAUUUUGUUUUCCCCUCUCUCAUGCGCCCUCUGUAUCUUGUUACCAAAUGACCUUCCAUAUCCUAUAUAUCAUUGGAACUGUAUUGUUACUGUAUUUUCAUCCGCAGUCAGCAGAGGGUUGUGUUUGCACUCCAAAAUAAAACAUCUUAAUUUUCCAAAAAA